CUUCCCAAACACGCCGGCGCCUCUCGCCCUCUCCUCCACCGGCCGGCAUCGGGCGCCGCUAAUCCACCCAAUCCCCCGUGCGAAGCCCGCUCGCUGCUGCCGCCGCGUCUUCUCCGGCGGGAGCCAGAUGCUGUCGAGGCUCUCCCGCGCCGGCCUCCGGGCCCUGAGCCGGGCGAGACCAGGUACAAAUUCGGGUACUUCAAAGAGCCACGAAGUAGAGACCAUUAGCGCUUAUAUGGUCUGUGCGGGGAGGAAACUCUUCUCUUCUACCACAAACGCUACAGCCGGUGACAGUAAUAACAAAGCAGAAGCUAAAAUAUCUGUGACUUUUGUCGAUAAGGAUGGUGAGGAAAAGCUUGUUAAAGUUCCUCUUGGAAUGUCAAUGCUAGAGGCUGCUCAUGAGAAUGACAUAGAACUUGAAGGAGCAUGUGAAGGCUCUCUUGCAUGUUCAACAUGCCAUGUGAUUGUAAUGGAUGUAAACUACUACAACAAAAUGGAAGAUCCUGUGGAUGAAGAAAAUGAUAUGCUGGACCUUGCUUUUGGGCUCACUGAGACAUCUCGCCUUGGCUGCCAAGUAAUUGCAAGCCCUGAGCUUGAUGGCAUACGUUUGGCACUGCCAUCAGCAACCAGAAAUUUCGCUGUUGAUGGGUAUGUUGCGAAAUCACACUGACUGACGGAGAGCAUUAAGAUCAUGAAAGUCGCAUGUUGGAAUUGGGUACCUGCUCAGUUUAACAGAAUAAGAGAAUCAAAUAAUUUUUUUCUUAUGCUUUUCUUGUCAUAUCUUCAAUUCUGAAAUUCAUAUUAACCUGGUCUCCUUCUCUAAUUUUGGUGAGAUGGAAAAUCCGUCAAUUUACUAUUUCAGUAACUUUUUUAGUUGACAGAAGUCAUACAUUAAUGAUCAUACUGUUGAGUAUAUAGAAUGCCAAAUGCUUGAAAGCAUCAUCUUUUAUUGA